AUGGAUUUUUUGAACGCCUCUAGCCUGGAGGAUGGAAUAAAUGCAGAUAACGUCUCCUCUAAUUCCACCUCCCAGAGCAAGUACAGCCAGCUUGCCAUCUGGGGUCUGGCGGGACUCAUCAGCUUUCUGAUUCUGUUCACGAUAGUCGGGAACGUCCUGGUCGUUAUCGCCGUUUUAACCAGCAGAGCUCUGAAACCACCCCAGAACCUUUUCCUCGUCUCCCUGGCCAGCGCCGACAUCCUGGUGGCCGCCUUGGUCAUGCCCUUUUCACUGGCCAAUGAACUCAUGGGCUACUGGCUUUUCGGAAAGAUUUGGUGCGACAUCUACCUGGCUCUGGACGUUUUAUUCUGCACCUCUUCUAUCGUCCACCUCUGUGCCAUCAGUCUGGACCGGUACUGGUCGGUGACCCAGGCGGUCGAGUACAACCUAAAGAGGACGCCGAAGCGAGUCAAAGGGAUGAUCGUGGUGGUGUGGCUGAUCUCCGCCGUCAUCUCCUUCCCGCCGCUGAUCACGAUGGACCGGAGCAGCAGCGAGGAGAGUCUCCAGUGCAUCCUGAACGACGAGACCUGGUACAUCCUCUACUCCAGCAUGGGCUCCUUCUUCGCCCCGUGCGUCACCAUGAUCCUGGUCUACAUCCGCAUCUACCAAGUGGCGAAGACCAGGACCAGGACCAUGUCGGAGAAGAAGAGGGACGUGGGCUCGCCGGCGGAGAACGGGACGGACCGAGCCGAACCGGGCAAAGGGGGGUCGGUGAAGUCCAGCGGGGACGGGAGCAUGAAGGACCAGGAGCCCGGCAACGGGCACUGCAAGGAGCCGGCGGUUCGUUCCCCUCUCCCCAACGAGCCCAAACACCCGGCGACGGACCACGAGGACGACUUCGAGGACAGCAGCUCGUCGGACGAGAAGCCCAAGAAGAGUUCCGCUUCCUCCAAACAUCGGCGCGACGAGCGGAAAGACAGGAAGUCCAGCCGGAAAAGCAGCUCCGCCUCCAAGUACUCCAGCAGGAAGUCGCGCGCCAGCUCCAAGUCCAUGGAGCUGUUCUCGUCCCGCCGCAAGCGGCGGAGCACCGUCCACAGGAACAAGGUGUCCGCCGCCCGGGAGAAGCGCUUCACCUUCGUCCUCGCCGUGGUCAUGGGGGUCUUCGUCCUGUGCUGGUUCCCGUUCUUCUUCUCCUACAGCCUGUACGGGAUCUGCCGGGAGCCGUGUCGGAUCCCCGACACGCUGUUCAAGUUCUUCUUCUGGAUCGGUUACUGCAACAGCUCGCUGAACCCGGUCAUCUACACCAUCUUCAACCAGGACUUCCGCAGAGCCUUCCAGAAGAUCCUCUCCAAGUCGUGGAAACGCUCGUUCUGA